GCUUUGUCAAGGUCUACAUCCUAUUCGAAUACCUUGAGCCUUUUAUAUUCAGCAACAACUGUUCUAUCAUCAAAAUCACUAUUAAUUUCACCAGAAUCAGCAUCAUCGUUAUUAGCUGCAUUAUUAAAUUCAUUGAGUUCAAAGUCUUUCAAAUACACAGAGUAA